AUAACCUGUUUUAAUUUCACGAACAUAACCACAGAACAUAACCUAAAAAUAUUUAGAUUUUUUCGCUUUUCUGUUUAGUUUGCUAUAUGAAAAUGAAGAUCUUGCUACCAAAGGCUUGUUUUUGUAACUGGUUGUAACGCACAAAGCACAAAAAAAUCAGCAAGAAUGUCUACAGAAACUGAAAAAGACUCGGCACAGCCUCAGUCCGAAAGAAGCACCAAGUAUAUUUUUUUAAACAAAAGUACAGUACAUAAUUCGACAAGCAUCGCAGAUAUCUCACAAAAACUGUUAUGCAUCGAAUAUCCGGGAAUCGUUGACAGUGUUGAUACAAUGAUCGAAUCCUUGGGGGGCAUGCACAACGUCGAAAUGGCUGUAGGAAAUUAUAAUAGACGAUUGGAGUUGAAAUUUCGUCCCAAUGACAUCUUCUGUAAACCAUGUUGGGGCGAUAAGGAUUUUAAGACAAGUUUACUGGUGAAAAUAACAGUUCAUAAAUCUGUUAAUAGUGGCCCAUCGUCAUCAAAGAGUUUUGACGUAAAUGAAACUACGUACUCCUACAAACCAGUUGGUGUGAUACCUAUGACGUUUAAAUUUAACAGACUAUGUGACUUUCAAUACCUUCCACUGGUUCCGCAAUUGGGUGAAACAGAAACUGCAGAAUCAACCUGUUGUAAUAUUUACGAGAAGAUUAUUCCGUCCAAGGUACCAGAUUUAAAAUGGUUUGAAUCAGAAGAGUCCAAAACGAUGCCAUUUUUCUUUCCACCGCCCGUGUUUGCCAAAUUUAAUACUUCUAAGGAUAAUAAAUUAUACUACGAAAGGUAUAAGUACUACGAAAAAGUACUGCCGGAAUUUGCGCAGAGGCUUAAGAAGGAGGCGGACAAUAAAAAACAGGAACCGAAAAAUCUAAUUGGCGGUCGAAGUCGCACGUUCAGAAAGGCUAAUUCGAUAUUUGUCAAUGUGAAUGCAAAGAAUAUGAAUAUACCCGAGGGGCCAACUGAAGAUGCUUUGGAUACGAUAAGAAAAAGAGGUCUUUUGUGUGAUUCCGGCCCAAUGGUUACCAUAAAAAAGUUAUUCGAAGAGAGGCCAAUAUGGUCGAAGUCUGCCUUACUGCACAAAUCCGGUAUCCGAAGUGAUCGCUUAAAGGUAAUUCUACCGGGAGUAGCGUACUACUGCCCUACCGGCCCUUGGAGGAUAAUGUGGUGUAAAUUUGGAUACAAUCCAACACUGGACCCCAAUAGCCGAAUAUACCAAACUUUUGAUUUUCGAAUACGCGCAUCAGGCGGUUUAAAAGUAAAAGUUCAGGCUAAGCGUAGCUAUUCCAGUAACAUUCUGCAAUAUAAAGCGGGACCAAUCACGACCUCAAAAUUUUCUCUGAAGGAUUGCUCGUCGGAAAACGUCGUCGUAAAGCGGACAGUCGAUGAAAACUUCUACAUUCUCAAACCGGGCGUUCUUCCGCCCGCCCGCCAAAUGUUUUAUCAAUACUGCGAUUUAGAGCUGCCCGAAAUAAAAGACAUGAUAGCGCGAUUACCACAAAUAACUAGCGAUAUGAAAUAUGAUCGCAAAAACGGAUGGCUGCCCAAUGGAUUUCACGAACAUUGUCGCGAAAUAUCAAACUCGUACGUUACAGACUAUGUGAAGAAGUUGUUGGUAGACGAGAAGAAAAAGAUGGAUAUGGAAAAAGAAAGAGACAUAAACUUUGGUUCUCAAAACAAACCCACGCAAAGUAACAAACCUGAUGUUACCAUUUUGGGUGCGACUAUUGUGAUAGAUGAUGAUGAGGACGGCGAAGAAGGUAAUACAAGAAAACCAGAUGGAACUGAUAGUGAAGAUGAACAAAUGGAUUUUGACGGUGAUGAACUUGAUGGAGAUAUAAUUGAUUCGGAUGAAGCAGAAGAUGCCAACGAUGAACUGGGAGAAGUAAUCGAUAUGAAAGCGGUAGAAGAGAUCAAUGAAAUAAUUGGAAGUAUGGACGAUCCGGAAGCGCAAGUGCAAAGUGGUAGUGGAGAUAAAGAUUCUGAGGACGAGUUUGAUCCUGAAUUAAUAAAACUAUAUAGGAAGUUAAUUUUAUCAAAUGUAGACGGUAGCAGUUAAAAUAUACAAAAAUAUUUAUUAAUAAC